ACUAUGGUGGGAGACUACAGUUGACCUUUGACCCAUAGCCCACACGUGUGAAUGUACCAACACAUUUCCGUAUUUUCCGUCGUGUUUUAAUCGGCAAAAAUGCUCCGAAGGGCCGCGCGGAGGAAGGACAAGACGUCUCAGACGACGAGACAAGACACCCAAGACGCGGAAGAAAACAAAGAGAGCCCCCAGAAGGUUCUAAGAACGCCACAAGACAAGAAGGCGUGGAAAGCAGCUCGGAAGGCUGAAGAAGAGGCCGCCUUGGAGGAGCUGGUCUUGGGAAGACGGACGGAGGAACCGGUGGACAGACUUAAAGACGCGGAGGAAGAGUCUGAGGAGGGUUCUGAUCAUGAUGAUGACCUUGACAGUCUGGGGGUCAUGGAGACUAGGGAAGCUGCAUGGGUGGACGAUGAUGAUGAUGAUGACAGCAGAACAAGGGUUGAGAAGACGUCAGACGUUCCGUCCUGGGCACAAACGUCACGCGGAAGAAAACGGCAGCACCAGUCCGAUGAUGACAGUGAUGAGGAGUUAUUACAGCACACAGGAGACCUGCUGGCAGAGUCCACAGCUCUGCCCCGGGGGAACAUCAACAUCAAACGCUGCAGCGACGUCAACAAGACUUAUCCACACCAGGGCCCGGUAAGGAGAGUGGAGUUCCACCCUUCAGCACAGGUGUGUCUGACAGCAGCUCAGGACGUGCUCGCCCUCUUCCAGGUAGAUGGCAGGAACAACCCAAAGAUCCAGACGCUACACCUGGAGAAGUUCCCCAUCAGGUCGGCUCACUUCACCACCUGUGGGAGGGAGGUGGUUCUCACCUCGACUGUUCGGUGGUUCUAUGUGUACGACAUGAUUGCUGGCAAGGUCAGCAAGAUACCCAAAAUCAGAGGUGUAGAUGACACGAGUCUGCCCCGUUUCGAGGUGUCUCCAGACGGGAGAUUUCUGCUGUUUCUGGGGAAGAACGGCUUCCUGCAUCUGCUGUCUGCUAAGACAAAGGAAUGUGUGAGCAGUCUUAAGAUGAACAGCGAUGUCUCAGCGGCGACCUUCUCCAAGGACGGUCGACACCUGUACUCAGUAGGAGAUGAAGGUGAGGUGUAUGUGUGGGAUGUGGGGACCAGGGACUGCAUCCACAAGUUUAUAGAUGACGGCUGCACACAUGCCACCACCAUCGCUCUGUCUCAUAACAACAAGUAUCUGGCUACAGGGUCCCAGAGUGGCGUUGUGAACAUCUACGACACACAGACCACGCUAGCUAGCUCCUACCCAAAGCCGCUCAAGGCCCUUCUGAACCUGACAACACCGGUCACUCAGACGUGCUUCAACCACAGCGGAGAGGUCCUGGCCAUGUGCAGCAGGGAGGUGUUCAAGGCAGCCAGGCUGGUGCACCUGCCGACCUUGAGUGUGUUCUCUAACUUCCCGGAGGCAGACAGUACGGUGAAGCGUGUGCAGUGUCUGGACUUCUCCCCGCACAGCGGCUACCUGGCCAUGGGGAACAACCAGGGCAGGGCUCUACUCUACAGGUGGGAUCAAACAUUACAAGGACUUUUGAUAGAACCUGUGCCAAGGUCAUCUAGUCAUCAUGAUCAAGGUCUAAACGGGAUACCGGAUCGCCGAGGCGGCCACGGGGAGAGAAAAGGCGGCCAUGCGGGGCACCACGGCCACUGGCGCGCCUACAAACUACUGGUGGACCCGGCACUGCAGAAGGGGGGGCACCAGCAGAAACUCGACAAAGUUUACCGCUACGAUGGGGUGGUGCAGGGGAAACCCGACCUUUACCCUCCCAUCCACGUCCGAGACCCGCGCCGCCUGUCGCGACUGUGGCGCCGGAACGAGCCGGCCGAUCUGCCGGUACCCAAGUUCAAGGUUGAUGAGUUCUACGUAGGUUCCCCGCCGCGUCGACAGAUCACCUUCUCUAACCUGAACGACAACAUCAACACGGGCUUCCUGCAGGACAUGUGCAGGAAGUUUGGAACUGUGGAGGAGAUGAAGAUCUACCACCACCCAAAAACCCGCAAACAUCUCGGACUCGCCAAGGUUGUCUUCGCCACCACCACGGCUGCCAAGGACGCCUCCAACAAACUCCACAGAACCUCCGUCAUGGGGAACAUCAUCAGUGUGCAGAUAGACUCCAAGGGUAAGAUCCGUGAGCAGUUGUACGACAGUAUCGUGCACAACAAGCCGGCCCAGGACCCCCCGCAGCUCAACAAGUCCGACCCGCGCCGACUGUCUAUGGACGAGAGACCCCACGCCUUCCUGCCGCCACAGCGAAACCUUCCCAUCAUGCCUGAGGCCCACCACAGACCAGAAGGCCCGCUCCCUCCUGCCCCCCUCCCCCCUGCCAGGCACGAAGUGGUUCCUCCCGUGUACCCACCUGUGCCCCAGCCUGAGGUCCACCCGGCAGGUGUUCCUACAGGUGUGCCACCAGGUGUGUACCAGCCUCCCCGGCAGGAGGCUCCCAAGGGGGGUUACUACAGCGACCCCCGGCGGAGACUCUCCUCCGAGACGGGCGGCGGCCCGCCGUUCGUUCCUUACGAGAACGUCCCCCACAACUCUUACGUCGGCCGCCCCCCUCCCGCCGGCCCCAUGGACGACCAGGGCUACUACAGCAACACCCCCUCCAGCUACUCCUCCUCAGGACAGCAGGGAGGCGGGUACCAUGGCAACAGUUACCAUAGCAACACGCCCGGACUGUCGGAGAGCACGCCCAGCUACGUGCCGACGCCGUCCAGCUUCCACAGUGCCGGACAGACGCCGCAGAGCUACCCAGGUGGCACCGGCACGCAACCGCCCUCGAACUAUCCAGUCCACACGCCAGGUAGUUACUACACCGGGACGCCAAAUGUCGGUUUCCAUGGAAACACGCCGCAGUAUUCCGGCGGGAACACGACCGUUGCUGCGGCAACGACCACGGCGAAUGCGAGCGUUGCUACGGCAACCCUGCAGCAGGAGGACCCGGCGCAGAACGGAGCGUCGGAGAAAACUUCGGCGGGGGACCCGAAGGGCAGCCUGAGUCUGGACUCGCGCAUCGAACUCCUGCUGAAGCAACAGAGAACGUUUCCCGCGCUCGGCGGCGCGGUCUCGCCCGCGUACAGCGAGGACGAUAAACAGGCUGCCGGCGGCGGCGGGGGGUUAGACCGCUCCCCCACGCCGCCCCCCCUGGAGUCCUUCACCCCCCCGCACGACUCCUCCCCCCGCCCCCCUCCCCAGAACUCCACCCCCUCCGGAUCCUCCCUCCAGCUGCUGAAGGCUGAGGAUCUGCUGGAGGAGAUAUCCCCAGGGUCGCUGGCAGACAGUGAUGAGGACAGGAACAGGGAGAGGGACAACAGGGAGGAGGAGACGGGUACCAUGGUGACAGACAGGAACGCUGAGGUGCCCACCCCAGUCAUGGAUGAGGAGAAGGGGGAGGGUGACAUGGACAUUUCCUCUGGAAACGAUUCAGACGAUGACGACAAAAUGUCCCUGUCCCCCCUCAGCAGCCCCGAGCAGUCCAAACUGGUUGUGAACCCACCCCCCGCUCCCUUCCACCCCCCCAACGUACCCCCUCCCAACUUCCCACCCCCUAACCUACCUCCCCCCAUGCUCCCCAACCCCAGCGUACCUCCCCCUAACAUCCCCNNNNGCACUUUUGACCCGAUCAAAAUGAUCAAAUUAAACCANUCCCCCCCUCCCCCCUCCUCCCCCCCUCCUCCCAGCCCGCCCCUCCCCCCCUCCUCCAUGCCCCCCUACAGCGGGAACUUCACCAACCCCAUGUUACCGAACCAGCAGCAGCAGUACCUGGCACGUAUGGGCCUGUGGAGACCUGGCAUGCACAACUACAACAACAACAUGCAGCCCAAAGGCCCCUUCCCGUUCCCCCCGCCCCCAUCCACCAAUCAGAGCCCAGCAUUACGGCCGCAGAUGCAGCACGGCGCGCGCCCGUUCGGGCAGGGCGGGAACUUCCGACCGUGGGGCGGCCCGCGGCCCGUGUUCGACCCCACGGUACCGCCGCCUGGGUACGUCCCGCCCGCGGAAAAGGUUGACCCUCACAAGGCGACGAUAGACGGGGUGAUGGAGAGGGUCGUCUGGGAGCUGAAGGAAAUCAUGAGGAAGGACCUGAACAGGAAAAUGGUCGAGUCCUCGGCCUUCAAGGCCUUCGAAGCCUGGUGGGACAUGGAGGAGGAGAAAACCAAGGUUCCAGUCAAGUCUGAAGAGAAGGACGAGGACAAGGUCGUGGAGCCGGAAGUCAAGGUCAAACCGAAGCCGGCCAAGUCUCUGUUCGAGCAGCCGGCAGCCAUUCCCAGCAUCUCCAACAUGGACAGCUUCAGUCCGUUUGGGCCCUCAGGGUUAGGGGGCCUUGGUCUGGGCAUCAGGGCAGCCAUGCCUCGCAUGCCUUCAUUUAAGAUGAAAAGAAAACCCCCGGACUCCCCUGCGGCUGAAGAUGGACUCCCCCGGAAACGGUCCCGACUGGCCUCUCCCUCCAUGGACGAUGGGUCUGCGUCAGACUCAGACGCAGACAAAGAGGACAUGUUGAGCCAGGACUCUGACAUGUCGCGGCACGGCACACCGACGCUCCAGCGGGCGCGCAGCCUGGACAGCGAGGGGGACGACGCCCGGGUCGGACCGCCAAGACAGGAGGAGCAGCGGAAGGGCGUGAUCGAAGAUGACGAAGAUGAAGAGGAUGAAGAGGAGGAAGAUGAUGACUUUGAGGAAGAGGAGGCAGCAGAAGCAGAGGCCUCCGAUGAAGAAGAAGAAGAGGACCUGGAUGUAUCUGAUGACGAGGAUGAGGCUGAUGAUGAGAGUGAGGGGAGUGAAAGUGGGGACGACUCCGACUCUUACGUCAGCUCCUCGGAUGAGGAGGAGGAAACUGCAGCAGACGUCACGGAGACGGAACGUGAGUUCAGUGAGGCAGAGGACUCAGAGCAGGUACCAGACUCUGACACAACCCCCCACCCCCUGGGGCAGUCUCCCCACCCCCUGGGGCAGACUCCCCACCCCCCCUCAGCCGAGCUGGGACCAGACGCCGCAGGGCCCAGGGUUCUGGUGUCACCAGUCCAGGAACAGACUCACAGCAUUCAGCCGCCUCCAACCCUGGCUGCUCGUAAACAGGGCCUAGCAACCCCGGAACACGCCUACAGCAAACAGGCUACCUCGCCCAUCCUCCUGUCACCACGGUUACCGUCACCACGGUUACCAACCGUGCUGUCCCCGCCCCUGAUCAGGACAGACGUAGCGGCCGGGGAGGACGUCGUCAGGUCCGGGCUGGAUCCCCACCUUCAGCUCAGACACCUGCGCGGCGUUGUCCCCGUGGGGCCUGCCGGACCGGAGGACUCGCCCGGCCGGCCCGCGCUGCAACUUCCAACGGAGAGGAGUGCGUUCGGGUUCAUGGCGGACGCAACGAAUGCGGUCUUACCGCCGCCGUCGUCGCCAUUCCCCCUGGAGGACCUACCGCGUACGCCAGGCGGUAACCUCGACCUCCCGAGAACUCCCGGUCGCGGGAUGACCCUGCAGCCGGCCGCCAUCCCGGGGUUCCUUGCAGUGACGCAAGCCGGCGCGACGUCCACGACGUGGCGCGGCGCCCCGCCGGUACCGUCCUUACCUCCUCUCCUCGCGCAGUUCGCAGACAUCGUGACUCACGAGGCCAUGCAGAGGGACGUGGUCGCUCCCGAGCCUCCCGUUGUCAUGACGACGGCUACGGCAACCACAACAACGCCUCCGCGGCUUCUUGCUUCUCAGGGGAAAUUUUCCAUUGCCAGUUUACUCUCACCUCCUCCUCCACAACAGCAGCAGCAACAGCUGCCACCGGCCAGGCCACAUCCAGGUCUGCCGCUUACCACGGAGGAGCAUCUACGGAUGCUGCAGGCAAACAGCCAGGUCCCCAGAUUCCAGUCACCACCCAGACCGGGCGCAGGGAUGCUGCAGCAGCCACAGCCUCAUCCCGCACACAUGUUGCCAAAUCAGAACGAGCUUUUCUCACCCGCGAGAGCAGCGGCGAACAAUCAAUCGAACGUCGAGCUUUCGCUGUUGUCGCCGUCGAAGCAGACGGUCGCGGACUUGCUCGCGGCGAGCAGAACUCUUGAAAGAGACGUCGUCUUGGACGUGGAAGGAAGCGACUCGGAAAAGACGGAGACGUCUUCAGAGCCGGAAGUUUCUGUGGAGGAUCAGGUGGAAGAGAGAACGGUAACGACAACAACGCCAAGGCAGAGAGUCUGUCCGUACAUGCUGGAGCAUAAUUACGCGGCGCCGCUACCCGAGCAUAACUACGCUGCCAGGCAGCCCCCCUCCCCGGCUAAACCUCUCACACACAAGCAAUCCAAGACUCGCAUAACAGAGGACGUUCCUGUAGUAGCAGCGCCCCCUGUCUGUUUGCCGGUGAACAUCAAGACAGAACCUGUGGAAGAACUUCCCAAAGACAAGGAGAACGAGGCGCCGAUCGAAGUCAGCAUUCCCUCGGUCGACUUGGUCACCACGGAGACCAAGGAGGAACCCAAGCCGCAUCGGAAGACGUCUUCAGAGAAGGACAAGGAGAUAAUUCUCAGAGACUCUCAGGUGACGAAUAAGAUCAAGGAGGAGGAGCUGCGGAAACCAGAACCUCCGAGGUUUGAUCCGAGGGACAACCUGAUGGAGAUGGAGGUUCUGUAUGAGUUCCUGAAGACUGGGAUUGACCUGGAGGAUGUGAGAUAUCUGCAGAGCAGCUACGACUCGCUUCUACAGCAGGACAACAGCGGAGUAGACUGGCUCAACGACACACACUGGGUCUACCAUCCUCCGACCAGAAUUCCCAACCCUCCCCGCAAGCGGCGGAAGGACGACCCGACCUUGGGAGAGCACAAGACGGGCUGCGCCAGGAGCGAAGGCUUCUACAAGAUCUCCUUCAAGGAGAAGACCAAGUACCUCCACCGGGCGCGGCUGGCAAGUGUCGUGGAGAAGCCAGAGGACGAUCUCAUGGAGUCUCAGAACAAGGCGAAGCAGGCGACACAGUCCUCACGAGAGGCGCGGUCUAACCAGAGACGACUUCUCGCCAGCUUCGGCGCCUCGUGUGGCGACAUCAGCGACCUUCUCAGGUUCAACCAGCUCAAGUUCCGUAAGAAGCAGUUGAGUUUCCGUAAGAGCCGUAUCCACGACUGGGGUCUGUUUGCGCUGGAGCCGAUCGCGGCUGAGGAGAUGGUGAUCGAGUACGUCGGACAGUGCAUCCGCCAAACCAUCGCUGAUGAGCGCGAGAGGAGGUAUGAAGAGCAGGGCAUCGGCAGCAGCUACCUGUUCCGGGUGGACCAUGACAUGAUCAUUGACGCCACCAAAAACGGAAACCUGGCCAGAUUCAUCAACCACUGCUGUAAUCCAAACCGUUACGCCAAGAUCAUCACCGUCGAGGGCUACAAGAAGAUCGUGAUCUACUCCCGCCGAGACAUCGCGGUGAACGAGGAGAUCACCUACGACUACAAGUUCCCCAUCGAGGACGAGAAGAUCCCGUGUCUUUGUGGCGCUGAGAACUGCCGCGGAACCUUGAACUAGGAACAAAAACUUCCGGGUAAAGUUCCGAGAAACUGCAAGGUCUCUCCUUCCAGCUUAACCUGAACAACUUAUCCUCGGCUUGUUUGGUUGCUGCAAAAACGGUCAUGAAACCUUGAACUAGCUACAAAAACUUCUGUACAUCCUAACUGCGACUUCUCUUCGUCCUCAGAAAUCCAAACAACUUGUCCUGGGUUCGCUUGGUUGCUGAAAGAAAACUGCCGCAGAAGCUUGAACUAGCAAGGAAAACAUCCGGGUAAAGUUCGGAGAGACUGCAAGGUCUCUCCUUCCAGCUUAACCUGAACAACUUGUCGCGGGUUCGCUUGGUUGCCGCAGAAAACCGUUGCGAAAGCUUAAACAAAAAAGAACUUCAGGACAUCCGAACCACGAUUUCUCCUAUAUUAGCCAGAACAACUUGUCCUUGGUUCGUUUGGUUGGCAUAUAUAUUCUCACUUCUCUUCUAAACGGCCAGAAAAAAAUGAGACGUUCUUUUACAACUGAGCAGACUGUGCAGCGCUGCAGCCAAUUACAGUUGCUGACUUUUCCCGUUCCGUUGGAAGAACAAAAACUCGAGAGCCAACAGAAGUGGACAGCGGAAAGACCAUAACACGAAGAGUUGGACGCGUGUGAUCUGCCCAGCCAGCUGAUUGGUCCAUCUCCGGUAACCUUGGUUACAGGACGAGUAGAACAUCAGCCGCUAUCCUCACUCCAAGAGUUGAAGUGAGAUGAGAUAAAAUGUGUUUGCUCAGACACACAUGAAGAGAUAUAGAUAUAUUAUAUAUAUAUAUAUUUUCGCUGUUUGUGUUACAGUCAGACAAGAGGACUAUACAGUAUUGACUUUGUUAGAGGAUGGGUAGAACUGGCUUUCCUGUGCAGAUGUGUCCGUGUGUCCCACGUUAGAUGUAGAAGGCCAGUCUUGAUGCCCAUGUACAUGUAUGGGGCAUAACUCUGUGGAACUUGUAAAUACUGUUCGCGUACUUCAGAUGUCAUAUUUCUGAUGAGAUUUCCUCAAUUUUUGAAUGUUUACAAGUAUUUUGAUACCCUAUGAUCAAGAACUUAAUGGUUAAAUGUGACCUUGGUAGUAUAUGACCUUGACAGGAUUUCACCUUGGCAAGUUAUGACCUUCAGAAGAUACGAUCUCAGCAAAACGGGUCAUUGCAAAACUUGACCUUGGUGAGUCAUGACCUUGACUUGACCUUGGUGACAUUUGACCUCGGUGAAUUUGACCUUGGUACAGCUCCAGUUUGUUGGUUCUGUGAAGCAGCACCAGUGAAACACCACGUGUGCCUGAAGUGUUCGAUAACAUGUACAGACGGACUCUCGGCUCAGUUUUUAUAUUUCUUUACCGAAUGUUGUUGUUGUCAGAUGUGAACUACAGUAAAUGGGAAUGGAAUCGGAUGUGGUAAAAUUGUCCAAUUUCUAAUCAGCGGGGCUGCAUUUUUCCGCCGCGCUUCUGUCGGACCCUGUUCAGUACCAGAGAACUCCGCAGCUGGAGUUUCGGGGUCUUGUGCUGUUGUUAUGCGAGACUGAACGCAAGGUUCCGGCCCGGAAUAUGAGGAAACAGCCUGUAAAAUUUGCUAAAGGCUCGGUGCUGAGGAAUAAUUAAGCACCGUUGUUGUUAGCUAAACCGUGAGGAAAUGAACCAUUUGUACAGACGUGAUGUAUUAUAUGUUCUCUGUACAGCAUUAAACCAAAUU